AUGCCCAGAAAGAAGCCAGGCAAUCAGCACAACAACCGCCAUGAGAACGGCAUCGUCGCGCCCGGAAAGAGAAUAACCAAGCAAAAAUCCAACGGCCAUCUCAAUGGUACUGCCGAAGGUGGCCCGCUCACCAGCGGCGUGCCUGCUCCGUUGACUUCCGCUGCUCGUGCGACAUCACAAGAGCGUGAAAGGGGCGUGGAUGGGGAGACAAAGGAGACACCGAGCCACACUUAUGGUCACACGCUGCAAAAGCCCUCGCCUGAGAAAGAUACUGCAAAAGAAGGGUCUCUGUCAAGUCAGCUGGGGCACGCAAAUGGGACUGCCCACCCUUCUACCACCAAAAGCGAAACGGCCUUCUCCAAGUCCCCUACCAUGCGCAAAGAGAACGCAUUCAACUUGGCCUACACAAUAAUCCGGUCAUGUCCUCUCGGCGAUACCCUCACUAUCCUGAUCAUCCUGCUCUCGAUUCCGUCUACCAUACUGACGCUCAUCAACAUCCUAUUUGCCAUCCUGACAUUCAUGACCCCGGCUUCGUCCUUCUUCUCUCUACCAAACACUUUCACGGAUAUCUUCCAAGGAUAUGGCGGAACACCCUCAUUAGCGACAAUCGUGAUCACUGAUAUCCUAGGCUUACUCAUAUGGCUAGUGGCAUGGACACCAAUACAAGGACUUGCCCUUGAGUUCGCACAAACUGUGGUUGCUGCAACAUUGGGAGGAGGUAACACAUCAAAAAAGCCUGGAUAUGACAGUACAAUCUUGUGCUUCGCUAUAGUGACUCUCCGUCAUAUUUCAAAUCGUGGUUGGAUACCCUCAAGGAUUUUUGGCUUUGACUGGCGAGCCGUAUUGUCACAGAUACCAUACGUACCUCAACGCCCUUCUUCCUUUUUGUCUUUUUCUAAUGAUGAAUAUUUUACGACCGAUUUAGGGUGGUGGUGGUGGUGGAAAUGGUUUGAAGUUGGCAUAGCGUUGCACAUAUUAAUUCAAGGGCUCGUUCAUGGAGCGAGGAGAUGGUAUCAAAAGCGGGAGUAUUUCCAAUCGGCAUCUAUCGGCAAGAAGGUAGACCCAGAAACAGGCGCAAACGCUUCAAGUAGGCGGACCUCGAAUACCUUGGGGGAUACAACGCAGCAAAAUAGCAUUUCGUUGUCGCCAAAUACAGCUACAAAGACUUCACUCCCGAUAGUGAGGGAGGGACGCGAAAAGACUACAAGUGGUAAGAAGAAGAGAAAGCAAGCCGCUUUUGUGAGAAGUCAACAACCGUUGUGGGCCGCUUUUGCAGCCACAAAGGUGACAAUCAUGCGAGAGUGUGAGCAGAAGGAUUCCAUGGGCGGAGUCACGGUACCAGAUGCUAAAGAUGCAAGUGAUCUUGGGGAUGCCGCCUUUGGUGGCGUAGCAGAUCAGGUUUGGGUAUCUGAUGUGCUUCCUGAUAGCUUUAUCUUCCACACGACGUACGGUCUUAGCCGGGACAGCACGUAUUUUGAGAACGACAUCAACCCGCCUAAACCAUUGCAUGUUCGCAUCAAUGACACUGACUGGACGUCUACGAAGAUGACGCGGAUCCCCGAGGUUGAGGGUGGAGGAACUUGGUGGCAUGGAAUAGUCUUUGGAUUAGCGCCGUCAUCAAGCUACAGAUACAGCGUGAUUCAAAGCGAGGGUGACGUGGUCCUGCGCUCUAUGACUGUGACUACAUCGCCCUCGCCAUCCGAGGAGACUGAGUCAACAAAUGCACCAAGCGAAGUUCCACAAAGAUCUCACCGCCCAUUCUCACCCACCACGCCUACUGCAACACUAAAGAAUUCUAUCGCUACCUUUGAAGCUUCUUUUAACGAAUCAUGUGCGCGUCAAAAGAAGGCCAAAAAAGACAACAAAGCCACUAGCUCCGCCAUCAAAAGGGAGAUUGACAUCUUGAACGGAAAGAUAUCAAAGCUCGUCAGCGAGGACCGAUCCCACAGCAAUCGUCAUUUGCAGUGGAAUCAGUCUAUGAAACAGGCAGAUGAAGCUGUCGUGGCUUUGACGGACGAAAUAGAAGCGUUGGACCGCAUACCUGACGAAGAGCAAGAGAUCUUUAAGGAGAAGAAAGCCCAAAAAGAAGCAAUCAACAAUCAACGUGAUGCUCUUCGUACAGCUCUCCUCCGCGCUAAAGAUUCCACUCAACGAGCAAAGGUCGCUGUUCAGACCGAGGCGCAUACCGCUCACCAAAAGAAGGAGCGGUUGCUGGCUCGAAGAUCAAAGCUCGACGACCAAUGCGAGAAGUUCGAGUCAACAAUGUUGGAAGGUCUCAAUGACAAGGAACGCAAGGAUUCUAAGCAGGCUUUGAAGGAUCUUCAACGGGCGAAUGUUGAGCAGCAGUUACAUGAGCGCAUGGCCACCUUCAAUCAAGCUUGGCACGAUUCUCGCUCUACCCUAGGCCAAUACAUUUCUCAAGCUCGACUGUUUGAGAAUGCGUAUCAUGAGCAACAAAUGAUUGCUAACUCUGUACACGCCAUGCAGCAACGUCCCCUGACCCCUGAAGGGGACCUCCCUGGUGAAAAUCCUCAAAGUGCAGCUGCCGCAGCGCAUCAUCUACCUAUGUUUGGAACUCCAGACUCCGCCGGUGGACUUCGAAGUCAUUCGGGAUCUUUCCGUCAGAAUCACGAUCGACAGCGUUCUAGCUCUUUGCUCUCAAACAACAGCAACUACGUCGACUUUGAAGACUUGGAACCACGACCGCCAAUGCCUUCAAGGGCUAUUGAGGCCAUCCGAGGCGCUAGGAAGCAAAGUGGAGGUAGCGCUGGUGGAAGCUCUGGCAGCAGUAGUCAGCGAGAUCCUGCGAGUCCGGUCGUCGUCAACAAUAAUCGAGAUAGCCCUGUUGGUAAGAAGAACCCGGUUUGGAAUCAGUGA